AUGCUUCUGCCUUACUACGGCGGACGCUUCGUGGAGAUGGUUGGCAGCCCGGGCGGAGUGUCGACAGAGGCGCUGAACCAGGUGACGGCCGAGAUCAUUGUGGUCGCCAUCGCCUCUUCCCUUACCUCCAUGAUUCGAGGUGCAUUGUUCGUCCUGGCAGGGGAACGCAUCGUGUGCGAGCUGAGAAAGCAGGUUUUUCGUGCGCUGCUCCGUCAAGAAGUCGCCUUCUUCGACGUGCAGACUACUGGCGCAUUGGUGUCCCGGUUGACCAAUGACACUGGAACUUUGCAGAAUGCCGCGAGCUCAAACAUCUCCAUUUUCCUGCGCAGCAGCGCCAGCUUGCUGCUGUCCGUCAUCGUGAUGCUCGUGACUUCAUGGAAGCUCACCCUGGCCAUGCUUGUCACUGUGCCAGUGGUGAGCAUCUUGGCCGUGUUUAUGGGCCAGAUCUCUCGGCGAGUGAGCAAGAAAUACCAGGACGAGACUGCAGAAGUCGGAAACCUGGCUUCAGAGACUUUUGGCAAUCUUCGCACCGUCCGCGCUUUCAGCUCUGGCGAGAAGCUGAUGGACAAGAAGUACUGUGCCGCCAGUGAUCUUGUCUAUCGGUAUGGACGACAACGGUCGAUGAUCUACGGAGCAUGGUCUGGCGUAGUUGGCAUGCUCUUCUUCAUCGCGUUCACCAUUGUGCUCCGAUACGGCGCCACCCUCGUCCACAACAAUGAGAUGACUUCUGGGCAGCUGAUUUCCUUCAUCUUGUACACAGUUAGUCUGUCCGGCUCCGUCGCAAUGCUCGGCAGCCUCAUGCCCAGCUUUGCGUCAGCCAUUGGCGCGACGGUCAAGAUCUUCGAGAUCAUCGAUCGGGAGCCGGCACAGGUCGAAGGCCAGGUAGAGCCCGCAGACUGCAGGGGCAAGGUCGAGUUCCAGAACGUCUCAUUUUCCUACGUCACCCGACCCGACCAGCAGGUCUUGAAGAACGUCAGCUUCACUGCAGAGCCCAACCAGGUCGUCGCACUUGUGGGGCAGUCCGGCAGCGGCAAGAGCAGCUGCGUCUCGCUCCUGCAGCGGCUCUACGACUGCCAGGAGGGCUCGGUGAAGAUCGACGACGUCGAUGUCAAGCAGCUGAAGUACUCCUACCUUCGCAGCCACAUUGCCGUGGUCUCACAGGAGCCAAUCCUCUUCGCCAUCAGCGCCAGAGAGAACAUUGCCUUCGGGGUCGAGGAGAUCGACGAGACGAAGCUCAUGGAAGCCGCGAAGCUGGCAAACUGUCAUGGCUUCAUCGCAGACUUCACGGAUGGCUACAACACACUCGUGGGCGAGCGGGGCAUCCAGCUAAGCGGAGGCCAGAAGCAGCGCGUGGCCAUUGCGCGUGCGAUCAUGGCCAAUCCUUCCAUCCUCCUCCUGGAUGAGGCUCAGGGCUUUGCGGUUGUGUUUGGGUUUUCUCGGCUGUUUAGCCUUCUGCGGCUCAUGGCUCUGGUCACAACGAUGCUGGAGAAGUUCCUGUCCGACCUGCAGGCAGAAGGCGACUACAAGGAGGUCCUCAUUAAGAACAGAGUGAUCCACUCCAAUGCGCGGUCUCCCGACUUGGGAAGUCUUUGUGGGCUGGACAGCGCCAUCCAAGACCUGUUUGUCGACCUGCCCAGGGCAACAGCUUCCGUGAUCAACGGCCUCGCCACUGCGGCCAAGGUUCUGUUGGAGGCAGCCUCAAAUCCGGACUCACCCGUGCAGGGCAAGCCUGAAGCGUUUUCGAUCCAGCAGCAGCAGCAGCCGGCAUCCGGGCAGACUUCCAUCACCAGGCUGACGGUGUCGAGACUGCAGUGCUUGGAAAUCUUGGCUGCGGGGUUCUUUGGUUUCCUCCAGAGGGACUGGUACAGCAGGCGGGAAGGUCUGGACCUGCCGGGCUUCAGCUUCGAGAAACUUUGGUGUUACGAUUGCAGGAAAUGGGAUGGGAAAAACUUUGUCCUCAUGGCCGUGUUGCUCUACUUCGCUGGAAUGUCUGAGCAGAGCAAAGAGUUCCUGGACGAGACCUUGGUCUUGAAACGAAAGGCGUGUGGUGCCCAGCAAGUUGGUGACGAAGUCUUCUGUCCGGUGGAGAUGCAGCUGGACGGCGUGUCCAUCCACAGCUUCGAUGGUCCGAGUCAUCUGCAAGCGGAUUUUGCCAACCAAUAUAUCGGUGGUGGAGUUCUUAGUGGAGGUGGGACGCAAGAGGAGUGCAUGUUUCUGGAGUUCCCCGAGUUGUUGGCGAGCAUCUACCUGGUGGAGAGGAUGCUGCCACAUGAGGCGGUCGAGAUUGUUGGCGCGAGGACAACAACUGCCUUCGGGAUAGCACGAACUCAGGUCUCAUAUGGAGAUUUAUCGAUCACAACAUGGGUGCUGGAAGACAUGUUCAGAGACCGCAGCAAUUCUGUCGACCUGCUCCUGUCAUCGGCCCGCCCAUUUUUGCUGCGGCUUGCCUACAAUUUGGACGAGUAG